CUCAGCUAGGCCCCGGCCUGUGCUGGCACGAGAGGGCGGCGCUUCUGCGGCCUAGCUCCUCCUCCUCCGGCCUCGACGCCCCAUCUCCUCAGAGGAACCAGCCAUCCCUCUCUCUCUCUCUCUCUCUCUCCCUGAUGGCGGAGGUGGGGAGCCUCAACGGCGAGGCCGGCGGCUGGUACUUGUCUGCCCAGGAGCUGGAGGACGGGGCCGCGCUGCUCUCGCCGCUGCCGGGCCCGCCGAGGAGAUACUCACCUGGCGCUUCUUUUGGCUUCUCAGUAUUUAACUUAAUGAACGCCAUCAUGGGCAGCGGGAUCCUUGGAUUGGCAUAUGCUAUGGCCAAGACAGGAAUCAUCGGGUUUAGUGUGUUGCUGCUGCUUGUCGCCAUUCUUGCAUCUUACUCCAUAUUCCUGUUGCUUACUAUGUGCAUUCACACUGCUGUCACUUCUUAUGAAGAUCUGGGUCUCUUUGCAUUUGGCUCACCUGGGAAGGUUCUGGUGGCCAGUACAAUCAUUAUACAGAAUAUUGGAGCUAUGUCCUCUUAUCUUUUCAUUAUCAAGUCUGAACUUCCUGGGGCCAUUGCGGGAUUUCUGAGUGAAGACCACAGCGGUUCCUGGUACCUUGACGGGAGAUUGCUGCUCCUGAUUGUCUCCGUCUGCAUUGUCUUUCCUCUGGCACUUCUUCCUAAAAUUGGCUUUCUUGGCUACACAAGUAGUUUAUCAUUUUUCUUUAUGGCGUAUUUUGCUCUCGUGAUCAUAAUUAAGAAGUGGUCCAUUCCGUGCCCUUUGCCUCUCAACUUCGCUGUUUCAAACUCUACCGAAGAAUGCAAACCAGCACUUUUUAAUUUUUCUAAGGAGAGUGCUUAUGCUAUUCCGGUUAUGGCCUUCUCAUUUCUCUGCCAUACAUCCGUAUUGCCAAUUUAUUGUGAGCUCCAAAGUCCGUCCAAAAGCAGGAUGCAGAAGGUAGCCAACACAGGAAUUGGCCUGAGCUUUCUGGUUUAUUUGGUGUCAGCACUAUUUGGAUACCUCACUUUUUAUGGCCACGUGGAUUCUGAACUUCUGCGAGGAUACAGUAGGUACUUGCCCCAUGACACAGUCAUCAUGACAGUCAAGCUGAGCAUCCUCUGUGCGGUGCUGUUGACGGUUCCCCUCAUCCACUUUCCCGCAAGGAAAGCUGUGAUGAUGGUAUUUUUUUCUCAUCUCCCUUUCUCCUUGACCCGCCACAUCUUCGUCACUUUAGCACUCAAUGCAACUGCCGUCUUGCUUGCAAUGUAUGUUCCUGACAUCACACAACUUUUUGGAGUAGUCGGUUCUACCUCAUCAACCUGUUUACUUUUUAUAUACCCUGGGUUGUUUUACCUUAAGAUCAGCACAGAAGAUUUCGUUUCACGACAUAAACUUGGGGCAUGUACGCUGCUCGUUUUUGGCCUCUUGGUCGGCCUCGUCAGUUUAGCACUAAUCAUGUACAAUUGGAUUCAUCACUGAAAGCAUUCCUGCCUUCUGGAACUUGGAGCUGCCACUCAGAUAAACAUUUCAGCUACACUGCAUCAAAUGCUGGAGGAGGAAAAAAGGCUUCACCAAAGUUGGGAAAUCAUAGCAAAACUGCACUGCAAAUCAUUUUUUUUCCUUAUUGCAAAAUUGAGCUGGAACUCAAGAAUAUUAUAGCAGCAGUUUUAUCACUUUUCACUCUUUUUGAUAAUAAUUUUUAUUGAAAAUAUUUCUACAAUAUUCUAAAAUGGGGGUAAUGGGGUUGGGAGUGAUAUAUGGGUAUGGUUUGUGGAAAUAAAAAAACAAUAGUUUUGGGGGAAUAUAAGGUAUAAAAUAAGGUAGGGUGAAAAGGGAAGGGUUGCUGUAAGUUUUUUGGGUUG